CAUAUUAAGUUUUUUUCCCCGACGAAACUGGAAACAGCAGCAGCAGCCGUUUGAAUAUAAUAUCAUUCCCAUUUCGAGCUAAAACGUCGUUGAGUGCCAAACAGGAAUAACCAACGGCGCACCAUGCCUUCGGCUGCAAAUACCGCUACUGCUACCGCUGCAACUGCCAACAACAACAACAACAGCAGCAGCAACAACGCCGCCGCCGCCAGCAAGGAGAAGCGCUCCUCAAUCACUUCGCUGGGCGGAUCGGGAAUCGCCGGAGGAGCCGAUGCGACCAAUGGCCAAAACACCACCAUCACCACCACCAACAACAACAACAAUGCAGCAGCGGCGGCGCCGGCUGGCACGGAAGGCAGCCAAACGGAUUUGGCCAGCAGCAGCACGAACACGGCGAGCAAUGGGAACGCGGCCAAAUUGAAGGCGACUCCAGAGCCGUACAAUCCGCUCAAGCAGCUGCUGGUGACCAUCGAGCACAAGAUCCGGAAUCUGGAGAAGCGCAAGACCAAACUGGAGUCCUAUCGCGCCAUACAGAGCACCGGCAAGGAGCUGAGCGGCGACCAGGCUUCGGCUGUGGCCAAAUACGAUGCGGUCCUGGCCAAUCUGGAGUUUGCCCGCGAGCUGGCCAAGCAUAUUCAGCAGCAGUCCAAGGAAGCCGAAAAGGAGCAGAAGAAGCAGGCGCGCAAGGACAACCUGGCGAAGACAAUUGCUGAGACGGCCAAGAUCAAGGAGGUUCUGAUCAUCCAGAAUGUGCUCAGCUGCUUCAACGACGAACAAGUGCGCAACGAUUUUCUGACCGGCGAAAACGGAGCGACCAAAUUGGACAGCAGCGAGCUGGAUGUGCUGGAGAAAUUCUGCAUGGAGACUCAAACUCGUCGCCCGGAAACCGCUGACGAUGUUAGCUUUAUUACCACUGCCCAAAAGUCUGCUGAACUGUUUUCUUCGACCAUCAAUGCGCGUCCCAAGUCCUUCGGCGAUAUGACCUUCGAGAAGUUGCGCACUCUCUUCCAGCAGAUCCAGGACUCUGGGUACUUGGACAAGUACUAUCUGGUGCCCCUGGCCGAUAACGCGGUGGCCAACAGCACGGAUAGUGGCACUGGAAGCGGCGAUGGAGAGGGCGGUGACUUGUUGAACGAUGGCUCGGGCGAGCUCGACACGGAACUGCCAUCGGAGCCAUCGGCACGCACCUCGUUGGAAGAGGGAUUGGACAAGUUGCAUCUGGGAGUGCAAACCGAUCUGGAGCAGCAUCCACAGCACCAGCAACAGCAGGAGCGUCCGGGACAUCUUAUACUGGAGCAGCAGCACCAGCGUGCUCCUUCUCUGGAGCAUCAGCAGCAGCAGAACUUGGUGGUGCAGCAACAACAACAGCAGCAGCCACCACCUCAGGUUUACCAGGCAGCUCCUCCGGCCGGAGGAACCACUACUCCAGUUCACGUUCUGUACGCCCCUGCGCCGCCUCCCCAGCAGCAGCAGCCGCCACAUCCUCACCAGCUGUUGAGCAGCCCCGUGAAUCUCCAGGCCUUGCAGUCGGGAGCCGCAGCUCCGCCGCCACAGCAACUGCAACCGCAUCCAACUCACGUUGCUCUCAAUGUGCGCGCCGUGGAACAGAACUACUUCAAGCAGCCACCGCCGCAUGCGCAGGCUCCUGGACUGCAGGCACCACCAACGCCCCAGCAGCAGCAGUUUAUGCAGCAGUUGCGUCCCUUGGCGGAGGUUCUAGGCACAGGAAGCUUCCACUUUCUGCAGGACAGUGAACUGGACAAUCCUGAGGCUUUAGCCCCACCACCGCCGACCAAUCAGGGAUUGGUUUUCGAGCAGCAGCCGCAGCAGCCCAACCAUGUCGAAGAACCACCGCAGGCCAUACAAACGCUGACCUUCACCAACCAGUCGUUCCCAUCGCAGCAGCCUAAGCCCCAGCAGCAGGCUCCUCCUCCGCAGCAGCAGCAGCUGUUCUCCCCUGUCCUGAUUCACGAACAACGUCAGCAGCAACCUCAGCAGCAGCCGCAGCCCAUGUUGAUUAUGCCGCGUCUGCCAACACAGCAGCCUCAGCAGCCGGCUCCUCAGGGAAUUGGAAUGCAGCCGGGCGAUGUAACCUCAGUUUUUCCGUACGAAAAUGCUGUGGUAACCUAUGAGCAACAGAUCCAGCAGCAGCUGAAGCAACAGCAACAUCAGCAGCAGCAACAACAGCAACAUCAGCAGCAGCAGCAGCUGGAAGAGUCUUCAUCUGUAAACACCUCUUCGAGUGUGGGCGCUGGUGGAGAUGUGGAGAACAAUGAAUGGCAUGCUCGUAAUAACGAUACAAAUGCCGCAGCCACAGCUGCGCUUACGAAUGUGCUCAAAGGCGAGGCCACACCACCGGCCCCGCCCACCAAGUGGAGCUCGGAGAUGAAUGCCAUGAGCAGUGCUGCCUCGAAUGGCAGCAGCAACACCAGCCACAAGCAGGAAUGGGCCACGCCCAGGGACCACAGCGCUGGCGGUGGCAAUGGCGGUUAUGCGGACAACGAGGGCAACAACCACUGGAACAACUCGCAGGGCGAGGGACGUCGCAACUCGGGCAACUACCAGCGACGCGGGGGAGAUCGGGACAACCGGGAUCGCGAUCAGGGAGGGCGUGGCGAUGAGCGGCGCAAUGGCGGCGACAGAGGCAACUACCGCUCGCGUCAGUACGGCAACUCAUCGAACCCGAACGGACGCAACUCGGGCAACAGCGGCGUGUACUUCCGCAACAAUGAGUCGGGCAACGGUGGGGGCAACAGCUACUACCAGAAUGGCGGAGGUGGCGGUGGCACGUACAACAAGGAGUCGCGCUACGAGUCCUCUGGCGGCGGCGGUGGAAGCUAUCGUGGUCAGCGCGGUGGCAACCAGCAGAGGAAUGUCAAUGGUUCGUACGGAGGCGGCAGGCCCAUGGGCGAUCGCGGGCGUGGCGGAGCGGGCAACCAGGGAGGUGGUGGUGGCUACAUAAACCGCCAGAACCAGUCGCAACGCAUGCCUCUCGGACUGGAGAAUAAAAACUGAGCAAACAAUACGUAUUAACCGAAAACAAAAAACAUACAAUUCAUGCAAACCAUACACACAAAACACACAUACAGAAAACAAGGAAAUCAAUCAUCCACAUGCAAAUAAUGGCAACGUAGACGUACAAUUAUCGUUACGUAAAAAACUCUCAACCAGAAGGAACGGAAGUCUAUCAAAAAGAAUCCUUUAUAACACAACUAGGGAAACGAAAAUGAAGCAGCAGCAAAACCGAUUCGUGCGCAUUUUUGAAUACAAUUUAUAAUUAUUUUCCUUGA